AUGAGUUUAAGACAAGUGACAGUAUGCGAGAAUUGCCGGACCAGGAAGGUAAAAUGCGAUAGACUAAUGCCAUGCGCUGGUUGUAAAAGAUCAAAGAAACAAUGCACUUAUCGCCUGACUAAACGACCUUUGGAAGUCGACAUCAAUAAUAAUGCUGAUUCAAUUAAAAUCCCAAGGCUUUCUAAUAGCAUACUGGUUAUUUCAUCAAGCAGAAGUAAUGAGAUUGAUAAUAUGGGUCAUAUUAAUAUAUACAAAGAUUUCUAUCAUGUUUAUGUUAAAUCCAGCACUGUUCGCAGUUGUUUUGGACCAUUCAGUUGGGUCUCGUUUAUGAAGAGUGAUUCUGCCUUAAAGCAUGUUUGGGAUUAUAUUGAUUUAUUAGGUGUUAAUAAUCUAUUCAAAGCUAUGGAAGGAGUGGAUCCUAACACAAUUCAAUAUCCCAAUUCAAAACAGCAUCAAUAUUUGACAGGAGCUAUACUAGGUGCUACUGAUAGAGCUGGUGAAAACAGUUCUAACUUGCUAUCUUUGGAGACACAACAGGAGUUAUCGGAAUCUUAUAUAUUAUCAAUAUUCCCAACUCGAAAAGUAGUGUGGGCUUUAAUAAGACGAUUUUUUAAAAUUGUUUAUCCUUAUAUGCCAAUCAUCGAUGAACGUGAUUUCAAAAGUCAAAUAUCCAAUAUCCUUGAUGAAGAAAGUUUAGAAAACAUCCCAUUCUCACUGAUUCAAAUAAAAGAUAAAAUUGAUUUAGCAAAUUUUGGUAUACUAUUGGUUAUUUUAAGAAUAAGUUAUAUAUCGUACCUUUCAACCGAGUUAGGGUUGAACGAUCCCACCUUAAUUAUUUCCAAAGAUCUGAAAUCAUUAGAUCGUAAAUUCAUAUUAGAAAACCCAAUAAGUUUAGAGUUUGUUUCAUUAAGUCAAAAGUGUCUUGAAAGGUUUGAUAUGUUUGAAAGAAGUAGUAUAAUUGUAUUUCAAUUAGCAUUAUUGUUAAGAACUUAUCGACAUUUGGCUCCAGAACAAGGAGACACACCAGAUGGUGCUUAUGCUCAAAUAUUUACAUCUACACUAGUAAGUAUGGCAAAUAAUCUUGGACUAAACAGAGAACCUUCUGAACUGGAAAGUUCUGAACAAGAUAAUCUAUUCAGAAAAUUGAUCUUUCAUCUAAAAGAAUUGGACUCGUUUGAAUCAGUAAGUUAUGGAACUCCCACAUGUUUUAAUUUACGAUUCUUUGAUGUCAAACAGCCCGAAUUUGAUGCGGUUACAUCGAAUUUAAUCGAUAUUCAAUUAGAACGAGAAGUUAUUUCAACCUACACCAAAGUGAGUUCCAUUUACGAACUGUUGAUUGCAAUAUAUGAUUUAGCUAUCAACAUUAACAGUCCCAUUUCUAUAGAUUCAUUAUCUACCGAAUUGCAAAAGCUAACUAGCGAAUUGUUGCUUAUCACAGCUAAUCUGAAUAUCACCAGCCUUGAAAAUGCAUUGGAGAAAAAAUCAUCAUUAUUAGGCCUACACCUUAUUUUAUCAAUUAACUCCUUAAUAUUCGUUCAUUACGAAGAUAAUAACGAUAGCACAAAAGGUUUCAAAUUCAUGUAUGAGUGUAUGAAGCUAAUUAAAUCUACAAUUAUUCCCAAUCUUCUCAAUUUAAGAGAUUCUACUGAUAAUAUGGCAAUAAUGACUAUAGUGCCUAUAUUAAAAACAUUAUACCUUAAGUCAUUUUUGAUACUUAGUACUAUGCUAAUUAGAACCAAUAUUUCGAUACAAAAGGAAGAAAAAGGAUCAGAAAGAUCAAGAAAUCUUAUUCUAUUAUCUAUAGCAUUAAGAAAUUCAUGUAUUGAAUUACUCGAAAUAUUUUCUAUAUUUGGAACUCGAUAUUAUUAUUUAUGGAGAAUUAAUCGUGGAUGUAAUGAAGUAUUAAAGAUUUGCUUUUCAAAGAAUUUCCAUCAACCCCUAAAGGAAGAUCCCAACUGUGCUUUGAAUUUCUCCACAUCAGAAGUCAAAGAAAUCCUAAUGAUAUUUUAUAAUAGUCUAGGGAAGGAAACUGAAAUUGAAACCAUUGAUAUUAAUUCAGUCAUUUCGGCUGAAAUUCCAGAAAUCUCAAAUAACUACAUUAGCGGAUUGGAUUUGAAUAGGUUUUGGUAUAUCAUUAAAAGGAACUCUAGAUCAAAUAAAGUGGGUAAAUCUACAACCUCGGAAAUCACACUUUCCCCCCUGGACUUUGUUCAGGAAAGUUCAUUUGAUCUUGAAUACUUUAAUGGGUUUUACAAUGAAUUUUACAAUAAUUUAUUUAGUACUAGCGAGAUUUUGCAAUAA